AUGGAUGGCACCAAAAGUAUAAAAAAAGGACCUUCCGUUCUUGUUUAUACUCUUCUAGCUUUCAAUUUGAUAUUGCGUCUAUACCUGACACUCUUUAUGAUCAUUUCAGAUUGUGAUGAGACGUUUAACUAUUGGGAGCCAUUAAACCUACUUGUUCGUGGGUUUGGAAAAGAGACCUGGGAAUACUCGCCAGUGUACGCUAUUAGGUCUUACGCGUACUUGAUCCCCUACUACAUUGUCUCGCUACCUAUUACCUUGCUCGGACAAUUUGUCAAGUUCCCUCCGUACGUUCAUUUUUACUGGAUCAGAUUGAUCGCCUUGAACGGCUUUAAUGUAUUUGCAGAACGGAAAUUGUUUGCCAGUGUUUCAUCGUCAUUAGGACCCCAGUGUGCCAAUUGGUUUAUAUUCCUUUCAUCCAUUGCUCCAGGUAUGUCACAUGGUGCUGUUGCCUUACUUCCAUCGUCACUAGCAUUGGGAUGUGUGUCUUUAGCAACAUCCUAUGUUUUGCUAUAUGUCACCACUCCUCAAUUGCUGUCAGCAUUAUACGCAGUUGCAUUCUUUCUGUAUGGUGGGAUAUAUGGCUGGCCGUUUGCUCUAGCUCUCGCUAUUCCAUUUGGACUUUUCAUUUUUGCAAGCAGUAUCCAGAAUCCGGAGAACCUUUUGUCAUUUGCCAUUAGAGCUUUGGCUAUUGUUGGUGCUAUGACUGCUCUUAUAGUCGCUAUUGACUCAGCCUUUUACAAAAAAUUGCUACUUGUUCCGUUGAACAUUAUCACAUACAAUGUGUUUGGCGGAGAAGGUGAGGGCCCCGAGAUCUUUGGAGUGGAACCAUUCAUUUACUACGUUCACAACCUCCUCCUAAACUUUAAUGCUACCUUGUUGCUCGCCUCUGCUGGGUGCUUCUUGAGUUUUGGCCUUCGAUCUAAGCAGCGCACUAAGGUAAUUGUGACAUGUACAUUCCCCCUUGCGAUAUGGCUAUCAGUAUUUGCCAGUCAAGAGCACAAAGAGGAGCGUUUCCUUUACCCUAUUUAUCCACUCAUUGUCUUGAGUGCAUCAGUGUUUCUUUCGUGGUUCCUCACAACUUCGACCUCCAUAAUCAGAUCAUUGACUUCAAGCGAUAAGUUGACGAUACUAUACAAACAAUUCUUCAUCGUAGCAUUUGCUACGGUGGUUGGACUGAUUUCUAUUUUGAGGAUAAUGAACUUAGUUGAGAACUAUAGCGCACCGAUAACUAUAUUCCGCCAAGUGGCCGAACUUCCUCCGAAAACAACUAUAACUAAUGUAUGCGUUGGGCGCGAAUGGUAUCACUUUCCAGCAUCUUUCUUCCUUCCCGACAACUAUAGGCUAAGGUUUUUAAGGAGCGGCUUCGAUGGGUUGUUGCCAGGUGACUUUAAAGAGUCAUCAUCGAUCUUGGAGUCUACAUCAACUUUUCCGGACGAUAUGAACAACAAAAAUAUGUUCUCAGCAGGAAAAGUGAUUUCCCUUGAGCAAUGUGACUAUUACGUCGACAAUACUGGGCCGAUAGAUGAAGAACUGGGUGAACCGUUUAUCUUUUUGAACAGUGCUCAUCCAGAAGUAGUUGCAGGCUGGGACAUAAUAGGCUGCGAGAAGAUUAUAGAUCCCGCAGGCAAAAGCUCAGGCAUUGGUAGAAUACUUUGGGUCCCAGUCGCCAUCAGGAAAUGGGUGCCAUACAAUGUUGACUACAUGAAUCUUUGUCUCGCAGAAAAGAGGUCGCAGUAG